CUGUACCAGAGCGCUUCACACGUGACCUAUUUCAGAUCCCAAGAUGGCGGACGACUGGGAGAAAGAAGACUACGAGCCGCCGGCGUUCGUCAAAAAGCCGGUGGCUGGUGACAGAUGGGAAGGCGAGGACGAGGACGAUGUGAAGGACAACUGGGACGAUGAAGAUGAAGAGAAGGAUGCCUCGGCGACUGCAGAUGGUGCGCCGUCCAUGCCGGUGGCAAAAAAGAAGAAGCCCCUGGCGCAAAUCAUAGCAGAGAAGGAGGAGAGGAGGAGGAGGGAGGCAGAGGAGAGGAGGGCGAGGGAGGAGGCCAACCGGACGCCGGAGGAUGAGCAGGCCGAGAAGCUCCGGCGGCAGCGCAUGCAGGAGGAGGCAGACCUUGAGCUCGCCAAGGAGGCCUUUGGUCUGAACCAGCAGGAGUCCGACGGCAUUGAUGCCCUGCAGCCCCAGACCAAGGAGGACUUUGACAGCCUGCGAAAGGCACUGGCCAACAAGCUCACAUCCUGCGAGAAGUCUCCCCUGUAUGUUGCCUUUCUCGACGACCUCCUCAGGGACCUCAGCCUCAACAUGGAGCCAGAUGACCUAAAGAGGCUGUCUAGCUCCCUGAAUGCUGUGGCCAAUGAGAAAGUCAAGCAGCAAAAGCUGAAGCACAAAAAGAAGGGCAAGAAGGGGGCGAGCCUGCACGUGGGCAAGGACGACGGCCUGGAUGUAACCCUGGACGACUAUGGAAAUGAAUAUGACGACUUCAUGUAGUGCUCACUAGCUAUUUAUCCACUCUUGUUUAUACUGCAAUAAAGAAUGGGGCUUUUCUAAGACAAA